UGGCGGGACGGACUCGUCAGCCCCUUCCAUCAAGGACAUCACCGAUAUCACCUCUCAACUUUCCUAGCGGGAGAGGCGAAGAUGGAGGGCUUUGAAAUCCCAAUCAUUGGCACAGAAGAGCCACUUUUCGAUGUGAUCCCCAAAUUGUUCAACUUCAUCAGAAUGGCUGUCGGGGACAUGGCCUACACAUUUGAACAAAUGAUGCAUGGCCCUCAGGGUCACCGCCUAAGACAACUGGUGCAUGUAUUGGCCCAAGACAGCCACAAUCCUUUUAUCAUCGUGGCUUUGAUGAUCUUGAAAUGGGACUUCACGACUGCCACCGAAGAUGAUUGGGGACUCAACGAAAGCCGAGGCGCAGCUUGUGAAUUUGUUGCCUGGCAGUUUUUGUGUCACCUAAAUCAGCGCGAGACAAUUGAGUUCUUGUUAGAAGAGCUCCCGUCGCCACGACGGAACUCUACCAAUGAAGCUGAAGCGAGCUUUUCUGGCUUGGUGUCGCCGCAAAGUGGGAUACGUCAUACUGAAGGUGAGACCGUACCACUCCUCCCCAACUUGUCUACUUUCAAUCGUUUUUUCGGCAACGCGGGGCAUGCGGACACCGACAAUUCUGGGACCUCGCCCAAUCGAACUCAACAAGACCUCCCAUACACCAUCCAAAGAUACUCUCAGUUCUUUGGGCUCAAUGCCCUGGAAAUUGCAACGAUCGCCCACGCAAAAAGAUUUCUAAGCCAACGGGUCGUUCAAAGGGUAGUCGAUGGUAUAUGGAAGGGGGAAAUCGUGUUCUGGGACUCCUUGACAGUCAAUUCGACUAAGAAGCCACAUACAUACAAUACAAGAACGGCAGACCCAUAUUCACGACUGAGGGUACCGGUUUACCGCAAAAUAUUUGAAGCCGUAUUCUUCAUCUCUUUUCUCGCUCUUUACUAUGCCGUGCUCAUAGAACGAAGACAAGACGCCAUCGGACUCUUCGAGGCGGUGAUGUAUGUGUGGAUUGUCGCGUUUGCAUAUGACGAACUAAGUGGCAUCGUUGAUGCUGGGGUCGUGUUUUAUCAAAUGGAUUUCUGGAGUCUCUGGAACUUGGGCAUCAUCGGGGUUGGUAUCGCAUUUGUCAUAACUAGAGUCAUUGGGCUUGCAAGGGGCGACACAGCAGUCAUUGACCUCUCGUUUGACAUUCUGUCUCUAGAGGCUUUAUUCCUUGUACCGAGGCAAGAUUCCUCCUGCAUUUGUUUAUGUCGGUGGGCCACAGGGCUGACACGAGAUGAACAGGAUCUGCUCGCUCGUGAGCUUGAAUUCAUACUUCGGCAGUCUAAUUCCGGUAUUGAAAGAGAUGACAAAAGCAUUCUUCAGAUUCUCCCCAGUGGUGGUAGUAUUGUAUAUUGUGCAAUGGCCCAUUUAUUGGUGAAAGUGUUCUUUGGGUGCGGUGAAAUGACCCCUGACACGGCGUCUGAAAUCUCCCCGAUCUUCGGCUACGGUUUGAUGCUGAUAUUUUCGCUCAUGACGAACACCUUGAUCAUUUCCUCAUUAAUUAGUUUGAUGAGCAUGAGCCUGGAAGGAGUGAUGCGCCAUGCUCGAGAGGAAUAUCUCUUUCAGCUCGCCAUCUAUGUCCUAGAAAGUAGCAAUUCUAGAAGACUGACAUACUUCAUGCCGCCUCUGAAUCUUAUUCCUCUUCUUUGUAUCCGCCCUAUGCGUCUGUUUCUUUCGGCUGGAACUGUACGGCGUGUACGAAUUAUCUUGCUUCGAGCCACGCAUAUCCCAUUUGUUGCACUGAUCUGGAUCUACGAGGCGAAAUGGCGAAAUCUGAAACGUCAAAACACCCAGCGUCCCCCAGCAUCAGCGCGCGGUCGUACUUCUGCAAACGAGACUUCGUCUGGGUGGCAGGACCCACACCACCUUUCCGUAGUUGAAACGAAUCUGAGCUCCGGAAAAGAGCGCAUUGUGGAUCAACAAGCCGCGCGUGAACCUCAUGUUGAAGUUGGGCAUGUCCAGCUUGCCGAGUUGAUCGACACAGUAGAACGACUACGAGCUCAGGUGGAGGCACUUGCUGGGCAAAAAUGA